AUCAUAAUGCUUAACACUUGGGGGGUACUUUUCAGGCUGUAGAGAGUUGAAUUAAGAUGGAACUAGGUAAGUGUGUGUGAGAGAGUGAUGUUUUGCUUUGGUGGUAGAGGGCUCACUAAAUGUACAGCACAUUUUUGCUGAGUAGGGAGAGGCAGAAAAGCUCCAUACAGUGAAAGAAAGAACGAAAGAAGAAAAAGGAUGAAGGAGGAGCAAGACUGUGGAAGGACAGAGAGGGAAUGAUCAUAUCCAUAUGCAGGAGGAGGCUGCUCCCUCAACUUCCUGAGACCAACCGAGGCAAACAGGGAAGGAGGGAAAUGGCACGCUUCAUAAAUGAGACCAGAGAAAUAGACACAAGUGAGUGUUGUAUGCACAAACAUUGAUUUAAAGGUGAGUGAGAUAUGGUACACCAUCUUGUUGUGUCUGUCUGUGUUUGUAAGAGUGUGUAAAAGCAAGCUUUUUGUGCUUUAAGAGAGUGCGACAGUGGGUUGGACUUGGUUUCACACACCAGUGAUCAAGUGAAGUCACUCAGAGGAAUUCUUUCUGAAGUGUUUUUUUUUCUUCUCUCAACUCUCUUCCUUUCUGCCAUCUGGAACAGUGAAACAGUGAAGCACUUCCUACGUCUGCUCAGUGCUCGGCGGGGGCUGUUGGCUGCAACCCUACAAAUCUGUGCUAGCCGUUUUAGGGACAUGAAAACAUUGUUUUCAUCAUGCACAUCUCAUCUCUGCACACAAAUUCCAGAUAUGUCUGCAGCACUGACACUACUUCUUAAUGAACUGCACUUCAGUGGAGGUUGCAGACAUCAGCUGAACUUCUCUGAGGGGUUCCUCCCCUUUGUUUUCCUUAUAAGGCUAAAAUGACUGAGUGGAAAAUCAUUUGAAUUUUGUGGUGGCUCUGCUCUGACGUGCACUUGGAUAUCAAACCAGCUCUUUUUUUGUUCUGCUCUUAGUUCCUCUUCUUGGAAGUGUUUUUAAUACCGGUCAUUUGUUUAAGGGACAAUCGAUGCUUUUGUUAGUGUUUACAUGAGUGUUGACUGUUUUGCUGACCUUCCAGUAUCAGCUCACCAACUUUGCUCUGGGAGUAACACAGCAGAGAAGGAACCUCUCUGAAGAUCAUUCUCCAUCUGAACAAGUGACAAAUCUUCAUACUGAACGAACCGGUCUUGGAGACAGUCUCAGGAUUGCAUGGACGUCUAGGAAAGCAAAUAUACUUUAUUAUGUCAAGACAUUCGGUGAUGGUGGACUAGUUUUGUUGGAAGUACUUUGAAGACAUUUAUGUCUUGCAGGGAUGAGAAAAUUGUAUGAGCAGAGGUCUUCUUUGACCCUCUUCUUGCCUUGGAUAAUUUUUCAGGAUAGCUACUACUGAUUUGUUUAUCCUGGCAGUUAAAAGGUGGAUACAAGGACUCAGAAGUUGUUUGAUAGUGGCCUUGUUGGACCAUAAUGACAGCACCAGCAUGGUACCACAGGGACAUUAGCCGGGUUCAGGCAGAAGAGCUGCUGGCUCGAGCCGGAAAGGAUGGCAGUUUCCUCGUGCGGGACAGUGAGUCUGUGCCUGGUGCCUACGCGCUUUGUCUACUUUUCCAGCGCCAUGUUCACACUUACCGCAUCCUUCCUGAUGGAGACGGGUUGCUGGCUGUUCAGACCACACAAGGAGUGCAAGUGAACUGUUUUCGAACUCUUGGUGAUUUAGUUUUAGGAUACCAGCAACCUCAUAAAGGCCUGGUGAUCCCUUUACUUUAUCCAGUAGUACGAGAGACAGAACUAGUGGAUGAGAGCUCUGACGGGGAUGAUGAGAAGCCAGGCUCAGUGUGGAACCCUGUGGCUUCCUCUCCUGCAGCCCAGGCGCCCCCUACAGCCCAGUCACCUCCUGCAACUCAAACACCAGCAUCUCAGCUACUGCUGCAAAGGUUGCAGGGCAUCACCACAACCAGUAGUGUGGCUUCUGAGAUGGUGGCUCUGCUUGGUGAGUACUUGCGUGGUGAUGUGACUCUGGAUCUGGAGAGUUUAAAGAAAGGAGGCUCAGGACUACACUUUCUCCAACGAAUCCUCUGCACCACCUGCCAUAAACUGCACAGUGAGAUUGAUCAGACGAUGUCCAGUCUGGAGACCCUGGCUAAAGUUUUUGACCAUCCCAGUUGUCCCUUGACCUGUGCUAAAAUCCAGAAUAUGGGAAAGUGUCCAGAGGAGAACCUUGAUACUCUGCUCUACAAAAUAACAGCUCUGUGCAACCUGCUAUCUUCUCUAGAGAAGAGGGUUCUCACAGCCCUCCAAGAGGCUGUGACCAAUCACAACCUUUCUGUGCAGCCAGUGUCUGUACCGGAGUCUGUAUCACCUGUAAAAUCUCCUGUCAAGGUCGUCCCUGUUCACAGCUUUCAGGUGAAGGUGGUCAGGUAUGGAAGGCAGAUGGUAUCAGUGGACGUGGACAAUGGUUUGCUGCUCUUUGACAAGAAGAUUGGCUCAUUUGGCAUAGAGACAAUCACACAUGACAGGAUUGUGCAGCUGGUAAAGUUUCAGAGCAGCCCAGCUAAACUGAGGAUGGUAGUGGACAGUCAUCACAAGCCUCCAAGAGAGCUACUGUUUGAGAGCUUAAAGAAAAGAGAGGCUUUCUGCCAGCUUUUGCAGCUGAUGAAGAACACAUACUCACAACAGAAUGAGCCUGAUGCCAUCUCUGUGUUUGUGGGCACGUGGAACAUGGGUGGUUCUCCCCCUCCCCCUACACUACAGUCCUGGGUGACAUGCUGUGGUUUAGGACUGACUCCUGAUGACUCCAUUGCUUGCCUGCCUCAUGAUAUCUAUGCAUUUGGCACUCAGGACAACCCUCAAGGAGAGAAGGAGUGGACUGAGCAUAUCAGAGCCACACUGAAAAAUGCCACCCAUAUUGACUUCAAACAGGUGGCACUGCAGUCUCUGUGGAACAUCAGACUGGCUGUGUUUGUAAAACCAGAGCAUGAGGGACGUAUCAGCCAAGUAAACACAGCAAGUGUGAAGACAGGAUUGGGGAAUACACUUGGAAACAAAGGCGCUGUAAGUAUCUCCUUCCUCUUUAACGGGACAUCCAUGGGCUUUGUGAACUGUCACUUGACCUCUGGCAGUGAGAAAGCACUUCGGAGGAACCAGAAUUUUCAAGAUAUCCUCAGACUGCUAUCGCUGGGUGACCGGCAGCUUGCUGCCUUUGACGUCAGCCUGCGCUUUACUCAUCUCUUUUGGUCUGGUGACUUGAACUACCGCCUGGAUCUUGAUGUUGAGGACAUUUUAAAGCAUGUGUCAAAGCGUGAGUUUGAUGAGCUGAUGUAUUCAGACCAGCUGACCAGAGAGCGCCAUAAGAGAAAAGCCUUCUUUAACUUCAAGGAAGAGAAGAUCACAUUUCCACCCACCUACCGGUAUGAGCGAGGCUCCAGAGACUGCUACCUAUGGCAGAAAUACAAGACCAGUGGGGUGCGUGUGAAUGGGCCUUCAUGGUGUGAUCGUGUCUUAUGGAAAUCCUAUCCAGAGACUUACAACACCUGUACUUCAUAUGGUUGUACCGAUGACAUUUUUACCAGUGAUCACUCUCCUGUUUUUGCUACGUUUCAAGUUGGUGUGGCUGCACAGUUCCCUAAACCAGAUUCAUGUUCAGACCGGUCCUGGAUUGAACUAGGGACCAUUGAGGCCAUAGUGAAGACGGCCAGCAAGGCCAAGUUCUUCAUCGAGUUCCACUCUCGAUGUCUCGAAGAGACACGCCGUUCUGCAGAGAAUGACUCCCAGAGCUGUGAAGUGCCGGGGUUCCUCAAAAUGAGCUGGUCUUUCAAACAACUUCCCAAGCUUCAGCCUAUUGUCUCAGAUAUGGAGUAUAUGCGGGAUCAACACUUGCUGCUCUCAGUGAAGUCAUGUGAUGGCUUUGAGUCAUAUGGUGAAUGCUGUGUGGCUCUGCAGUCUAUAGUGGCCAAUAACUCAGAGUCAUUUGAAACAUGCCUGACCCACAGGGGUGAAGAGAUGGGUUCCAUCCGUGGCCAAAUCAAGGUCUAUAUACCACUGAACAAGUAUCGGUCACGAGCAAGGAGCUACGAAUUGAUCUGUAUUGAGAAGGAUGAAAAGGGAUUAGUUAGGAACCCCUGGUCUCCCCCACCCAUGCGAGCAUCCCACAAUCCUGUAUCAUCAUCAUCAUCAUCAUCAUCAUCAUCCUCCCACACAGUGGCUCCUAGUAGCUACACAAAUCCAGCCUACUUCAUUUUUGAGGGCAUUCCUGUGUUGCGCCAGGUAGAAGACCUCUCCCCCAGAGAACCCAAUGUAGUGUGGGCCAAAGACUCUGUGAUUCAACUUCCUAAAGUAACAGGUGCACAUAGCCAUGACUGCAGAGCUGCCCGCAGGUCUGAUUUUGCAGAAAUUGAAAUUCCUGGAUCCUUGCCACCUUACACACCCCCUUGUGACCGCCCCACUCAUAUUACCCCUCAUCCAAUUUCCUCAUACCAACUUUUCCCUGGACCAGACCUAUCAAAUCCUUCCCAAAACCAGAAAACCAAGACUUCAUGUCCUUCAUUUCAGGCACAAAUUCAAAGGCCUAGUAUAACUCAGGAAUCAAUAUUGCCUACCACAAAAUUAGGGAAUGCCAAUAUGAAGAGUUCAGUCUUCACACAGGAUGUGCAUGGGACAGUUAAGAAGGACUAUUCCAGGUUUCACCAGGAGCGACCAAUACCAGUGCGUAAUGGACCAAAGCUAUACCCAUACAUGUCCACCAGAGUUCCCCUUGCCAAAGCAUCAGUUCCCUGGGUGGUGGAUCAAACACCUGCAGCUUCAGGAGAUAACUCACUCACUGCUCUACAGAUUGCCAAAUCAUUGAGUGAGGUGGAUUUCCUGCCAACAUGCAAGAAAUACCACUCAAACCAAAGGUCUGCUCUACCAAGGCAUUAUGGGUAUGAUUAUACCUUAGCUCCAGAGGGUUCCUGUUGGGAAAAAGAGGUGUCAGUCUUGCAUGGAGCUCCAGAGACAGUACGAGAGCUGCUCAGUAGUCUGGGACUGCAGCGCUAUACAUUGGGACUCAGUCUCAAUGGCUGGAAUGACCUGGAUUACUUCAGUGGAAUUACUGAGGAGGAUCUGCAGGCUUCUGGUGUAAUAAACCCAUCUCAUCGUAGGAGAAUCCUGGAGAAUUUGCCCAAGAUUUGGGACUGAAUACUUGGACAUGGAUAACUUUCAAUUAGAGUGUUUUACAAAAAAAGGGAAUUCGUGCCAUGCUUUCCUUGUAUCUUUGUCUUAAAAUCCAUUUAGUAAUUAUGUAUAUUUACUUUGUUAGUGUCAGCGUUCACUGAGGUUUCAGCAGCCACCCAAGUCUUAACUUUUAUUCUCUAUCAUUUCAUUUCUGUUAUUUACUUUGUAUAAAGCAGUUACAUAAAUUUUUUAUCUGUUUGCAGAGAGACCUCUUCAAAAGGAUUUUUUUUUUCAUUUGACCAUAAUUCAGCCAUUGUGUCAACAAAAGUAUGAACGUGGUCAAACCUGUGACCCUGGUACUGCUAACCUUAACGUGGGAGCUAGAAUUGUUAAAUAAGCACAAUUAUACCUAGUUUAUCCAAUAUGUCCAAAAAUCAUGGGCAAGCUAUGAAAAUAAUAUUGCACUACCUGUAAGUAAGCAUUGUACAUUCCAAUAAGUAAAUGGUGUAUCUGAAAUUUAAUGUGUCAGAAAAUUUUAAAACCAGAUUGUAAA